ACUCUCGGGCCAGCCGGCGUCGCCGCUCAGUUCUCGCUGAGUGCUCGCAGGCGUCGCGCAGCCCGCUACUCACUGGCCAGUGGCCACUGCCCACUGCCCACUGCUCACGCUCGCUAGUCGCGCCUCGAAGGUAAAAUUAUGUCCUUUUGAGUUUAGUGAUGGCCUAAUUGGGCAGGCUGCAGGUCACUGCCUCACUGGUAGUCAGUCACAACUCACAGGAAACAAGAUGGGGGGAGUGUUUUUAGGUAUGCCAGGAACGUGGGCAGGUCAUAUGCACGAAGCUGCUGACCAUUAUACAACAAAAAUCGGUGGACUUCCUGAUUGGCCUAUUCCUCUUCCUUCAGCAAGUGUUGAUUUAUUCAAAUGCAGUUCUUGUAAAAGUGAUUUGUCUCUUCUUGCACAGGUUUAUGCCCCAAUCUCACAUAAGAGUUUGAACAUUGAAGAGCGUGUAAUCUAUGUUUUUGGCUGUUUGAUGCCAGAAUGUGGGAGCACUACUGUAAGCUGGAGAGCUAUUAGAAUCCAAAAGUUUGUAAAUAGUGAAGGUUUAAAGAGCCAGUCUGAUAAGGCUGUCUCCUCGUCUGAAUCUUCUGUAUCAGAUUCAAAGGAAGGAUGGAAGAAGGAUAUAUCGUCAUCUGACUCUUUGGAAGAGGAUGAUGAUGAAGAUGACGAUGACAUAGACCUUGCUGAGUUGGGUAGAGCACUUUCUGAAGCUGCAAGCCUAGCUUCUCAGUCCAAGAAACAAAACCAUGGUCGUAAAUUAACUGCCAAAACUUCAUCCCCUGUCUGUGCAGACAGAGUAAUUGAUAAAAAGUUACCAGUGAUUCCUUGCUUCUAUAUAUAUGCUGAGGAAGAGAAAUUUUCAAAAAAGGAUGCUUCUGUCUGUUCAAAAAACAUCUCAUCUCCAAUCAAGGACCAUGAAAGUGAUCCUGAUACUAAAGAAGAAACAUGGGAGGUGGAAGAUUAUGAGUACGAUAGGGCAUUGAAUGCUGACAGGGUUUACCUUAAGUUCAAAAAGCGAGUAGAUGCAUAUCCAGAACAGUGUUUCAGAUACUCAUAUGGUGGAAAGCCGCUUUUGGCUUCUGGAGAUGCUGGUGAUCCAGGGAUGUGCAGGCUUUGUGGUGCAGCACGUCAAUAUGAAAUGCAGCUGAUGCCCCCAUUGCUAUAUUUUCUGCAGGAAGCCGUGAGCGAGAAAGAAAAACAUGCCUUGGAUAACUGGAAUUGGAUGACUUUAAUAGUCUAUACUUGCUCACAGAACUGUUCAAAAGAUAACUCUAGCGAUGAUGGCUGGACUGUGGCUGAGGAAACUGUUGUCGUACAAUAUGAAUAGCAUCGACUAAAUUAUCAUAUGCUGUUUCGUAUGAUUUUGUGAUAUUAGGGUAUAUUUUCGUCAUAAUUUUUGUUGUUAUUAUAAAGUAGAUUAGUAGCAGGGUUGUAACAGUCAAUUGAGUCAAGGGUGGGUUUCUUUUUGCUUACAUUGUUUUUGAGUUUGCUGUUACUUGGUGUUAGUUAGUGUCGAAUGGUUGAGAUGCAAAUUGUCAAAUUUUGGUUCGGAUCAUGUGUUCUAUUGAAUUGCAGAACCUCAAAGACUAUAGAACACACUUGUUUUGGAAUGGCGAUGAAAACAUACACGGAAAAGAGUCAAAUAUACUCCUGUACUAUCAAAAGAGUUUAAAAUAUGCUCUUGUUAUAUACUUUUUUUUUUAGGACUAUUGUUUGAAAUGAGGAAAGUUCACUAGCCUGAGUUCAAAGCCAAUAUAUUGAACUCUAUGCUAUUGUCUGUUAUCCUUUUAACACUUUAAGCUUGUUAAAUCUAUAACAU